CUGAUGGCAAACCCGGUCCCUCAUCUCGUCUUGGCAGUAGCCGCUGUCCACCAUGAUCCUACCGAGCGAAAGCGACAAACCGCAGGCUAUAUAUCCAAAUGAAUUGAACGACACGAUGCCCUUGGGUGACACGGAAGCUCCCCCGGCGUACGAAGCCAGCCAAAUAGCAACUGCAACCACCUUUCCCACCGAUUCUAAGCGGCCUCCACCACUCGGUGCUACAAGCAGUACACUCCCGAUCCCAAUAGCCUCCUCGUCGAGGUUACCACCCGUUUCGAGUUCCUGGUUUGGAUUCACCUCACCGACAGUGCGUCAAGUGCGCUCAACGGUAUUGGGACUGGUCAAAGAUCUGGUGAAACUACCUCACGAGGACCGCUCGUCUGUUGGAAUCAGCAUUCUCAAAAGUUGUGCGGACGCCUGCUCUGCCAACGGUCUUUCGAUCAGCUCUGUGCUGCAGGAGAAGAGCGUGGAGGGACACACACCUAUCUACUGGGCGGUUGUGAAGCGGCCCUCCGAUGUAGAAUCCGACCAGCUCCAGGGGACUGACUUACUCAGUGCCCUCAUCAGCUUGGCCUCGCCUCUCACUCCUGCUACCAUCUCCGACGUGCGACUGGCAUGCCUGCUCAAUUCCGACCAACUGCUUUUCCAGCGGCUGCGGAGCUCUCCUGAAUUCUCACCGCUUAGUGCGACCGACGAAAUGAUUCUCGAUGCCACCGUUCCUCACGAUGAUAUAACGGUCGAGAAUGUUGCGCCCACAGAGACGGAUGGGGCCGGUUCCGGCGCGUUUGUUGUCGACUUUGCGGUACCGCACUUCCAGAAGCGCAUGCUCCUCGGGAAGAGCAUCGUGUUAGAAUUCAUUGCGCGGAGUCGGAUGUGGAGACUGGCUUUCUACGUUUCCCCCCACGAGAAUCGGCGACCAGGCAUGCCACCAGCAGGGACAUGGUAUGUCACGCUCGGCUUGCUGGAACACUCUCCCCCAUCCUGGAUUGAUUCGCGACUACUCAUCCCGCCACCAUCUGAGCCAGAUGGACCCAUUGGAACACCUGCGCGCGGAAUUUUCGGCGCAGGGAAAUCUAGGCCGCGACCGACGCUGUCGAUGCGGCUCAAAGCCAAUGAUCAGCUGAAACCGCAUCCGAGAGGACAUCUGCGCAGUUACAUUGUGGUUCUACUUGAUGGCUCGGAUAAUGAUGGUGGUCUUGGGGGGCUUCAAUAUGCGGGAUGUCCAUAUAUAUAUCCGGAUGAGACGCUGCGAUUCCGCCUUGAAGCGCGAUUAGCAAGACCAGAGGCAGAGUGUAUCAUUUGUUAGCUUCAAAUCUUUCGACUGGAUCUCAUCCGAUCACAUGCGCAAGACGCGGUCCCGUGACUGUGGAUAAAUGGAUUUAUGCGGACUAUUCAGCAGAAUCACAGACAUUGCCAGUAGACUGGGAGGGUCGAUCAGCUUUGAAAUCAGGCUCGAAGGUGGCUGCUUACAAGGGUUGAUGACAGUGCAGGUGGUGCCAGAGACACAGCUUCCAGAGCCAGUGAAGGUAGAGCCUCCACAUUGUUGGUACUGCGAAAGUCGAUCAGUAAGACGCACAGGCUUCGCAAGAAACAGAGGGACCGACCUGGGCAAUAGAUCCGCCAGUCGGGCUGGAAGGAGCCGUGGUCGUCGAGCCGGGUCCGCUGGGACUGGUGCUGGAGCCACCGAAGGUCGAGCCGAUGUCACCCCACUUGAUGUUGGAGAAGACGACGGAGUUGCUUCCCUGGGAAGCCUCGACGGUCUUCGGAUCGCCACUGGUGGUGCUGCACGGGCCGCGGAGAACACCAGGAGUCGAGGGGUUGCUGGCCGUAGGGUAAGACGAGUCGAGCCAGUACAUGCCAGCGGCGUGGUCGUCCCAGAGACUGAGCGCAAGGACCAUUCCACGCUGCAGGGCAGCACCCAUCGCCUUCAAGCCACCGCGGCUCUCGAACGAGUUGGUGUCGCCAAAGGCCGUCUUUUGGGCGUUGCAGAACGAGUCGGUGAUCGAGUUGACUGCCGGCGUGAUCCCGGCGAUCUUGGUGUUCGAGUUCUGGAUCACCUUGCCGUUCUGGACGUACAGCCGCUUGAUCUCAGUCAAAGUUCCGCUCGGCGCGACGAACUGGGUCACGAUAGUGAACUUGGAGUUGGUGUCGACGGUCUUGCCCGGGCCGAGGAAAGUCUGGUCGCCCAUGCGGUACGAGUUAAAGUCGCAACCGUCCUUGUCGCAGAUACUGCCGCUCGCGUAACGGUUGCUGCCGUCACCGCACUCGGUUGCACUGCUGCAGGCGUACAGGCCGGCUUUAGAGCAGACGUGAGGAGUGUAGGCGGCCGCGUUCUUGUUGGCUGGAAGCAGAGUCAGAAGCUGCUCAACCUUAUAUGUGCGCUCCACAUACCUUCCCAGAUGUCCAUCUCGUUGCAGCAAGUUCCAAUCGACCCAGUUCCCGAAUUGGUGUCGUUCGGAGAACCAGCCCAUCCAACGAUGUUGGCCUGUAGAUCAUCAUUCAACACACCAGUCUUUCACCUGGUAGACGGCUGAUCACACACCUUUCCGUUGAUGAACUUGAGAUCGUGAGGGCACUGGCUGUCGCAGUAUCCCGUUCCGUACUUGGCACCAGCCUUGUUUGUAGUAGAAAUUCCACCAUCCAUCGGCAUCUCAGUCAGGUAGAGCGCGCCGUUGAGCCCACAUCCGAGGUUGCUCAUGUCAACAUCGAACGAGAACUCCUGGUUCAGCAGCUUCAGGGGCUGGUACGACGUGGCGUUGGCCAUCAGGUACACUCGGGAGCCGAUGUUGGCGCCAGUGACAAACUUGAGAGUAAGCGCGUUGCCCGAAGUCGAGAUACC